AUGGGAUUGAAAGUAACGAAGUCUCCGUUAACGAAUGCUGAUUACGGUAUUCGAUUAUCAUCGACAAAUAGCUUCUAUCGAGGACGUUCAGCUAUCCAAGGUGAUUUCAGUCUGAAAACUCGAGUGAAACUUCGCGUGGAAAGAAAAAUUCGCUUGGAUUUAAUUGGUCAAUUAAUCAAACACCCUCGUUCCUCCCAGCUGAAUGAUAAAGAAAUCUUCUUCACUUACUCAUUUCCACUAGUCACAUCGCAUGAGAACGGAAUGGCAAGGAUUAUUCACCAGCAACAACAAAUUACUUAUCCAUUUCUUAUUCCACUCGGUAUUAAUCUUCCGCCGUCGUGUGAAUUGAAGGACUUCUCGAUUGUUUAUUACCUGGAUAUCUACCACGACGAGAAAUUCCUGCCGAAUUCACGAAAGAAGAUCACAUUAGCACCGCCAGCACCUCGGAUUAACAUUCCACCACCUUGUACAAGCACAGAUCCGAGUGGGAUAACAACGACUUGUCAUUUGCAGAAAUCAUUCUAUUCAGCUCGUGACGGUUCGAUUGUUCCGCUGACGAUUUCAAUCGAAAAUCUUCAAUCAAAUCGAAUUCGCUCGUUAACCAUCCAAUUGGUGCAAACGGUUUUAUUAAAUGAGAUAGUACAUGAAAAUGAAAUAUUUACAACUGUAUUCGAUGAAAUCGAGCUGAAUUUACAUGAAAAUCGAAUCGAAACUAUUGCGGAAUUAACUUUGCCAUCAAAUCUUCCAUCGACCUCUGUCCCUGAUAGAAAUUGUCAACCUGAUAAUGUACCAUUAGUCUCAAUCACUUAUGAAUUUCGUCUAACAAAACAAAUCGACGAUAUAAACAAUUCAAAUGUUUAUUUACCGAUACCAAUCGGUAUCGAGUAA